ACUUUGCUAGUAGUUAGCAAUUGGGCUAGCUAGGCUAGCCUAAAGAGAACCCAACGAAAUUGCAACAUGAUAACUUAAUUAGCAAUAGAAAGCUAGUGCGAGAUCACAGUAGUUUGUUCGUUAUAGUAGCACUACAGUAGUCACGAACUGGUAGCUAGUUAGUUAGUGCCUGUAGUUAGCUAACGCUAGCUGUCAACUGUAGCAUGUUGGUACAGUAGGUCGUGAUCGGAGUACACUGUACGCCAGCUAGUUAGAGCUAUAGCAAUAACUAAAACUGCUUGCUUGAAUGAAGACUUCCUGAAGUGGCAUACUAGACAUGGAGACUGACUCAUCCCUGCUUAGCUCAGAGCUGGAACUUCAGCAGCAAGAGGAGUUGUAUCAACAGCUUCUUUUGCAGACAAUGUCCAAAGCGCCAACUGCAAACCCUGACUCAAGGGUUAUUCGACCACAGCCAGGCAUGUGUAUCAAGACUGUGACACUCCCAGACAAACACAAGAUUUUCAUCAACAUCUGUCAGUCUACCUCAGUCCCUCCCCCACCAGCCCUUUCCAGGGAUGAGCUAGUGGAGCUGCUUGAAUCCGAGGACCCUGGGGGAUACAGGGUACCAAUGAGUCUUGGAGAGCCUCACACAGAGCUGGACAACAAUUCCCAGGUCUGUACAGCUUAUGAUGUUGUCAUCAAUCAAGAGUUCUUUCAAAAGUGCCAGAAAGAUCCACUAUUCCAGCAGUUCUUACUAGCAGUGUCUUUAGAGGGACUGGAGAAUAAAUACAACCUGGAGCUCAGUAGAGAGUGGAAGAUUCUAAAGAACAGAAAGUUCUUGGGUUCUGUUAACGAGCAGAACAUCCGAGGCAAGAACAGACCUGUCAUUGAAGAGAUUAACACUAAGGACUCUUCUGAGCAUCCUGCUGGAGUCACACGCCCAGAUUUCUCCUUGUUGGUCGAGCCCCCUGUUGGUGAUCCAGAGUAUUUGAUAGCAGAGAUUAAACUUCCAGGGGUGUCAUCCUCUCGCCCUUUGGUGCUGGAUCUAGGAGAGGAUAGGCUGGUCCUGAAUGCCCGUCCUUCUCUCUUUCAUCUCGAUAUCUUCUUUCCCUUCUUCAUUGACCAAGAGAGCAGUGCUGCCCAGUACAACACUAACACACAGAUUCUUACAGUCACAAUGCCAGUGGUAUCUUCAGAAAGAAACUAAAUGUCAAAUUAUUCAUUCAACUGCAUACAAUUAAAAUGAAGUAUAAAUGGU